AUGGCUACGGUCGGCUGCCAAGCUGCCCCUGUGGCGGCCGAGCAGCCUCGGCAGGCGGGUGGGGCCGCGGCUUCUCUCUGGCCGGCGCGCCGCGCCCGCCAGUGCGCUGCGCGCAGUGCUGCCCAAGGGAAGCUGGCGGCUGCCUUGGCGAGAGUCGCCACGCUCGAGGCCGAGCUCGCCGACUGCCGCGCGGUGCGCGGGGAGGCGGCGGCGCAGGCCGUGCGGCUCGCGGCUCUUCCGCUCGGCAGCCAGCAGGUCCCCGACGACGUCCUGGUCCAGGAGCUCGCGACGCGGCUGGCCCUGGCCGUGCCUGUGCUGAUGGACAUGCUCGCCGACCGCCGCGCAGCUGCAGUUGGCGCCGCUGUCCCUCGCGCUGCCCCCGCCGCGCCGCCCCCCUAUGGCGGCAGCAGCGGGACGCAGUGUGGCACGCUCGGCGCGGACGCCAGCGACGAGCUUGCAUCGUCGCUCACCGUUGAUGGGAUUGUCGACCUCGGCAAGGACGCGGUGCUGGUGGUCGUGGGCGUGCUGCUCUUCCUCAGCUUCGCCCUGCAGGUGCGGCGGUUCCACACCGCCGAGUGCCUGCCCAGCGCUCGGCGCGGGCGCAGCCUGCCCGCUGGCGCGUCCUUCGCGCUCGCCGAGCUCGUGCGCAGCGCGGGUCAUCCCACUGCGGCCCCGCUGGCUUCUGGGCCGCUUUGGUGGCACGCUGGCGUCGAGGGAUUGGAUGACUCGGCCUUGGCAAGGCCUGAGAGCAGCGGCGGCUUCGGAGAGCACCCUGCCCCUCGGCCUUCUCAAGGUGGUGCUGUUCAUCCUCAUCGCCUCCCUGAUCCUGGUGCGGCGUGCAGCACUGCCUGCACCUCCUCGCCUGCUGCUUUCGUGGACCCCUCGAUCGUCACGGCGUACUUGCUGGCCAACGAGUCUGCCGUCCUCAGCGGUGGCAGCGAGAUGGCCGCUGGCGACAUCGACGGCGAGUUCAGCAUGCAGGAGGUCGGCUCCCGCAACCAGGACGGCGACAGGUCCUUGGCCUCGGAUGCCGUGGCGCACGGCGGCUUCGACCUCUCCCCGCACCUCGGCACGGACGACGGCGUGGAGGCGGCUGGGCCCCAGCGCAACGGCGGCAAGAGACUGGACGACGACGCCCUCUUCACUUCGCCUCCCUCGGGCUCCUGCUCCUGCUCUGGCGGCGGGGGGAUCGAUGAGGAGGACGGCGUGGGCGGCGUCGGUGACGGCUGCACGCUCCACGGCUCGGAGACGGUGGCGCGCCAGGAGCCCGCGCGUGGGCCCAAGCGGCUCCUGGCUCUGCGCCGCCACGUCUUCGCGGGAUGCGUGGCCCUCACGGUCGACCGCGACAUUCGGAGGCCGGGCUGGCAGGGCGCAGGCGGCGACGACGCCCCUCCAGCUCCCUCGGCCUCCGAGCGAGAAGCUGGGCGCCUCUGGCUCCGCGACACGUUCGGGCCUGGCUCCCCGUGGAGGACGUGGGCCAGGCAGGAGCGGCGGCGGAGGCGCGAGGCUCAGCUCCAGCAGUAG